ACACAUGUGGAAACAAUCAGAAAUGGAGUCGUGAUGUUGAGUUAAAGGUUAACAAAAACUCUUCUUCUUGUGGGACGUCUGUUAUCGGAUCUGCAUAUAUUAGUCAAACAAUCACUAUCCGCUGUGAAUAUGAUCAAGGGUUUAAAAAACACACCAAAGUCUUCUACAGAGUGAACGGAGAUCCUGAGCUUGUCCUGAACUCUUCAUCAUCAUCAUCAUCAUCAUCAUCAUCAUCAUCAUCUGAGGAGAAGUUCAUCCUGACUGACUCUCAGAAAGAUCACUUUAAUGUAACCAUCACAGACGUUUCUGAUGGAGGAGUUUAUUUAUGUGGAGUGGAGAGAGACGGAUCAGAUAAACCACCUUCAGAAACAUCUAUCACUUACAUCACCUUCAUUAAAGAGAUUGAGCUGAAUGUUCAAAGUCAGAUAACUUCUGUCCAGGUCGAGGCCUACAUCAGUAAAUCAGUCUUCAUCACCUGUACAUUUCCACAGAAAUUAAAAAGAAACAAGAAAUUCUUGCAGAAAGAUCCCUCACAGAAGAUCCAUGAUGAAGAUCAGAAUCAAUGGGUCCAACGUAAUAAAGUGCACAUGUAUGAUGAUACCAGUGAAGGACUUCUGAAGGUUUUUAUCAGUGAUUUAACUGAAGGUGAUGAAGGAACGUACAGAUGUGGAGUGAAUACUGAUAAAGAUCAUCUGUUCACUGAGAUCAAACUGAAGAUCAGUACAGCUGAUGAUUUUCCUGCAUCAAGCACAUCAGCUGUUUUUGGUGAAAGUGUGAAGCUCACCUGUAAUUCUACUGAGAAAAACAAGACCUUCAAACACAUCUGUAAAGAGAACAAGGAGAAGAUCUGUGAGAAGAUCAGUUCAUCAGAGUUUUCUGAAAGUACAGCAGGAGUUUUCACAGCGAUCUUCAGUAAUGUGAGGCUGAGAGAUGCUGGAGUUUACUGGUGUGGAGAAGAAACCAGAAACAAACAUCUGACUUCUGUUUCUCUCACCAAUAAACAUGAGCUGACUUUAUCCAUUCCUCCAGUGAUUGGACGAGAAGGAGAUUCAGUCGACAUCAAAUGUCCUUAUGAGGACACAGAAGAAAGAUGUCUGCGCAGUGGAAACUGUUUGAAAAAAGAAAUAAAAUAUCUGUGCAAAGGAAAAUGUUUCACGAAAGAUGCUCAAAAUAUAAUUCGAUCAGAUGAAGCCCAUGUUAAAAAGCCAAAUAUUUCAGUGAAGGACGACACUGAGCUCUUCACUGUGACCAUGACUGAGCUGAGAGCAGAGGAUGCUGGGAAAUACUGGUGUUCAGUGAAAGACGUGCUUCUUCUUCCUGUUGAGCUCAUGAUCAUCAGGAAGGACGGGGUCUCUCAGGAAGCGUCUGUUGGAGAAUCGGUGAACAUCAGCUGUAAACACAUCAGGAAUCAAGAUCAGAGGUUUUUCUGUAGAGGAGAUCAGCCCAAUAUCUGCAUCAGAGACGGAGUUCAUGUUUCAUCCAGUAACAGUGAAGACCACAGAUUCUCUCUGACUGAAGAAACCUCUGCUGGAGUCUUUACUGUGAAGAUCAGAGACCUGAGAGAAGAGGAUUCUGGGAAAUACUGGUGUGGAGAAGAGAGUUCUGGGUCCUUCAUAUUCACUGAAGUUCAGCUACAUGUGACCAGAGAAAUGACCUCUCCUACCACCAAAGAGGAAACAGAAAAGCCUGGCUCCUCUGUGAAGGUUGCUGUUCCUGUGGGAUUGCUCCUGCUGGCUCUGGUUACAGCCUUAAUCUUAUUCAAACUAAAACACAGGAAACACGGGACUGCUUCAUCGUCAGAGACAGCUCAAGAGGUGAUUCAAGAUGCCAGACAGCAUUCAGUCUCAGAUCCCGAAUCAGCUCAUCUCUAUUCCACCGUCCAGUCACCCACAAUCCCCUCUGAUGGGCUCCUGUACUCCUCUGUCAGUUUCAGAAGCACGAAGAGUCUCUCAGUGACUCUUCAGUCAGAUUCAGUGAAGACGAGAUUCACUAGACUGAAGUCAGUCUGGAAUGAAGGCCACCGUCGUCUUCAUCACUGUUUGUCUGAUCUCAGGUCAGGGACUUUGUUUCAAUGUGAUUGGCUGCUCUGGAGGGAGUGUGAUGUUCAAGUGCAUCGGCGCUGGGUUAAUAAUGAGAGAAUCUCUCUGUAUGACGAUAAAAACAACAGAUUCUUCACAGUGUUUAUCAGGAAGCUCAGCAGAGAGGAUGAUGGGAAACACACAUGUGGAAACAAUCAGAAAUGGAGUCGUGAUGUUGAGUUAAAGGUUAACAAAAUCUUCUACAGAGUGAACAUAGAUCCUGAGCUUGUCCUGAACUCUUCAUCAUCAUCAUCAUCACCAUCAUCAUCAUCAUCUGAGGAGAAGUUCAUCCUGACUGACUCUCAGAAAGAUCACUUUAAUGUAACCAUCACAGACGUUUCUGAUGGAGGAGUUUAUUUAUGUGGAGUGGAGAGAGACGGAUCAGAUAAACCACCUUCAGAAACAUCUAUCACUUACAUCACCUUCAUUAAAGAGAUUGAGCUGAAUGUUCAAAGUCAGAUAACUUCUGUCCAGGUCGAGGCCUACAUCAGUAAAUCAGUCUUCAUCACGUGUACAUUUCCACAAAAAUUAAAAAGAAACAAGAAAUUCUUGCAGAAAGAUCCCUCACAGAAGAUCCAUGAUGAAGAUCAGAAUCAAUGGGUCCAACGUAAUAAAGUGCACAUCUAUGAUGAUAAUAAUAAAGGACUUCUGAAGGUUUUUAUCAGUGAUUUAACUGAAGGUGAUGAAGGAACGUACAGAUGUGGAGUGAAUACUGAUAAAGAUCAUCUGUUCACUGAGAUCAAACUGAAGAUCAGUACAGCUGAUGAUUUUCCUGCAUCAAGCACAUCAGCUGUUUUUGGUGAAAGUGUGAAACUCACCUGUAAUUCUCCUGAGAAACACGGGACCAUCAAACACAUCUGUAAAGAGAACAAGGAGAAGAUCUGUGAGAAGAUCAGUUCAUCAGAGUUUUCUGAAAGUACAGCAGGAGUUUUCACAGCGAUCUUCAGUAAUGUGAGGCUGAGAGAUGCUGGAGUUUACUGGUGUGGAGAAGAAACCAGAAACAAACAUCUGACUUCUGUUUCUCUCACCAAUAAACAUGAGCUGACUUUAUCCAUUCCUCCAGUGAUUGGACGAGAAGGAGAUUCAGUCGACAUCAAAUGUCCUUAUGAGGACACAGAAGAAAGAUGUCUGCGCAGUGGAAACUGUUUGAAAAAGAAAUAA